CUUCAACAUCGGGUCGCCUGGGAAGGUUAGGUUAAAAGGUGGGAAGAAACCCCCUCCUUCGUCUGGUGUUUUUCCUCCGAAUCACCUGCCCCAUCUCCAUCCAUCGUGGUGUAAUCAAACCUACAUUCCAACCUUUUGGGUAUAAACACACCGAUCACUCCCACCUGCCUCCCGGUACACAUCCUCCUACAUACCCACUACAAAGAACCGGAAUCAAACAACCGAUCAAACCAAGAAACAAAUAGACAUACGUAUCCGAUCCCAUAAUCGCCAUAUCCAACACAGACGCAUAUCCCCAUCUUCAGCAACGCCAACGAACCUACCCCCCUCCAAGGAAAUGUCGUCCGCACAGCAAACCCCCCGCACCGCGCAGGCCGCCGCCCCGGAAACCUCAAACUACACCACGAGCCCGCAUGCCACCGCCGCGCCGCCCCAGAUCGUCGAGCGCACCAACAGCUGGAAGCCCUCGUUCGAGCGCCGCCAAAGCUGGAACAAGGAGGACCAGAAGCGCGAGCUGCAGAUGAGCCACAUCGACGACGUCAAGACCGGGCCCGGUUUCACCGAGCGCGCGUGAGGCUCCCCCCCCCCGGGCGACCCAAUUCGAUCCGCCACGCCGCCAUUUUAUUUGCUUUGGUUGGGUCUGGGGCUCGAGGCGAUGUAGCCCGUUGUUGCAUCCGUAUUGGUUUAUUGUCUGUCCGCCGGAUUCCUUUUCUUCUACGCGAUGUCGACAUGGACUGCUUUGAACAAGGAUCCCGC